AUGGCAAACAGAAUAAAACCAGCUACCACAAAAACAGAACCCCCCGACCUCCCAACCCGCCAAACCUCCCUCUCCCGCCUCGCAACAGCCGCCCACCUCCUCGACGGCUUCGUCCACCGCAACAAGAACCAGCACCGCGGCACGCGAUGGUGGGCGCCCUUCGACAUGCUGCGCCGCAGCGUGCGCAAGCUCCUGCCUGACCUGGAAGGCGCAGUGCAGCGCGCCGAGCUCCUGUGCUCUUCAUCAACAGCACCAGGAAAGCGGAAGAAAACGAGCGACAAGGGAGGAGCCGCCCGCGCGGCCGUGGCCGCCGCCAAGCAGCCGGAGCUGGACAGGGUCGAGGUCAGGGCGCAGUGGCUGCAUGAUAUUGUGGCCGUCAAGGCAUUUGAGGCCUUCACGCAGCUCGUGGCAGACAGGCAGUUCGCGCAGCUGGGCCUGAUGCUCAUCGGCGUGCUGGCACAGGUGGAGGCGGCGCUGGCCCCGUUCGUGAAGCCCUCUGGGCCGGAGGGCGAGCCAGAAGGUGGUCCUGGGCCGGAACCCGUCCAAGUAGCUGCUGGUGUGGCUGUGACACAAGACGCUUCUGCUGCGACGCAGAAAAGGGAGGUGGGCGCCCAGCAGGAGGACGACCUGGGAGUUGCGGUCUCGCGGGACGAGCUCGGUGGUGAUGAUGACGAGGAGGACGACGUCGCGCCGACAGCCCGGCGUGCCUCACCGCCGCCAGAGCACCCGCCUACCAAGGAGAAAAGGCCCGAGAAGGGCGAGAUCAAAGGGAAGAAGAGGUCCAGAGCAGAUGACUCAAGCUCAUCGAGGAUAGGCAGGCCCGAGAAACUGGUACGGCCGAAGUCGUCGAGGGACGAGGGGAAGGUCAAGAAGAAGAAAAAGAAGAAGGGAGGCGAUGAAUUCGAUGACUUGUUUAGCUCUCUCGUAUAG